AUUGUUUGGGAACUGAUCAUACUAAACUGUCUACAUUGAAACCAGUGAAUGAAUGAAAAGGCUUGGUUAAAAAUGGCAUUAGAGUUAUUUAAAACCCCCACUGGGGAACAAGGGUCAAUUGUACUGCGACAACCCCUGGAGCAGGCAGGAGAGGACGUUGGGAGCUGAUCACUGAUUGGUCAGUCACACAGAAAAGGGCGGUCUGCAUGAAUUAGUGACAGACGCUAAAGGCAGAUAUCCUGCAGUGAUCAAACCCUGGGUGAUCUGACAGUCCAGUGUUUGAAGUGAUUAUCAUGCUACGCAACAUAAAGGCUUACACCCAGCUUUGGGCCUAAUUAGUUCACUUAGGGCCCUUUAUAAGACUUUGGUAGGGGACUGGGAAGUACAGACACUCACUGAGAAGUCAGCAGCUCAACAGGAUAGCAGCAGCAGAUCUGGAUGCCUAAAGUUGACUAGCUGCUCCACCAAAACAAACCAGUCUGAAGAUUAUCAGCUUUUCUGAGAAUGCCACACUUAACUGACUGCAGUUACUACACGAUGCGGGACGCAACCAGAGCUUCAAAUGUACAAAGCCACCUGGAGAACUCCAAGUUUCACCUCCACCAGACCCAGAAUCAGCAGGUCAAGCAGUACCUGACGCUGGGCUCCAAGCUGGCCUCUUCGGCCGGGCAGGGCCACGCUGUUCCGCAUCCACACGCCCAAGGCCAGCCGCUGGCCACCGUGCCAAUCAUGAGGAAUGGACACAUGCCCUCCGUCAGCGACGGCAGCAACCCCAACAGCCCCGUUACCCUCCUCACUAUGGCCAAUCAUGACAGCGAGUUUCCAAUGGAUGAAGUUAUUGAUGACCUUAUUAGUCUUGAAUCCGGUUUCAAUGAUGGAGGCUUGGAUUGCAUGGAGCCUAACAUCAUAAUGCAAAACAAUGUGUCCCUCAGUAGCAGCAUGCUGGACGUCUAUGGGGGUGAACAAGGUAUGAACGCCCCUAAUGGUGGAAUGAGUCCCACAUCUAACCCCACAAAGCUCACUGUAAAAAGGGAAUACACAGAACAUGACACAAGAGUGAUGGCCAAAGAGAGACAGAAAAAAGACAACCAUAAUCUGAUUGAAAGACGGCGUAGAUACAACAUCAACUACAGGAUUAAGGAGCUGGGGACACUCAUACCAAAGUCGAACGAUCCCGACAUGCGCUGGAACAAAGGCACCAUAUUGAAGGCCUCGGUGGAGUACAUAAGGUGGCUGCAGAAGGAGCAGCAGCACGCUCGGGAGCUGGAGAGCCGUCAGAAGAAGCUGGAGCAAGCCAACAGGAGACUUCUGCUGAGGAUCCAGGAACUUGAGAUCCAGGCACGAGCACACGGACUUCCAAACAUGACUUCAGCCUUGGGGACGGUUGAACUGUCCUCACAUCUCCUCAAACAACAACAGCAGCAACAGCAGCAACAACAGCAGCAACAACAGCAGUCGUCUCCCCAGGCACAGCAACCCCAGCAGCCGCCCCUCUACCAGGAGGACCCCAACAGUGACUACCUCCAGAGGAUAGCUGCGGUGGCCGGCGUGCCGUCCAUCCCCACUGCUGCCGGGCCGCAGGACCACAUUCCAGGCGCAGAUGGGUGCACCACAUUCUCUGACCCGCUGUCCCACUUCACAGACUUCUUCAGCGCUACCCUCAAGGAGGAGCACCGGCUGGACGAGAUCCUGAUGGACGACCCUCUCUCACCGUUUGGCACCGACCCGCUCCUCUCGGCAGGCUCGCCUGGGGCUGCGUCCAAGGACAGCAGCCGCAGGAGCAGCUUCAGCUCUGCAGAGGGGGACGACCUAUAAGGGCGCCCUCUUCAGCAACACACUCAUGACAACACUGUUGUAAUCCACAGUGGGAAAGGGGCAUACACAGAGCCUUUAAAGACUGAUGGCUCCGGGCAAACAAUGACCUCUCACAGGGUUGCAAGUAAUUUAAAUGACAGCUAACAUACCAGACAGCGCCCCUCAAAGUGCCACCUGUAUAUAAAGUGUGUAGUUCUUGUUGGUCAGGUGGGUGUUAGAGCUCGAUUGGUCCCUGAAAUUUGGAUUCUCCAAAAGCUUAAUGGGACCAGAAACAGCUCAUGGAUGUCCACCUGCUCUUUUUAACUUCACUAUAGACAAUGAAUAUGUUUCUCUGCCUCCCGGACAGAGCAGAAACAGACUCACAAGAAAAAGGGACACAUUUAUCAGCCUUUAAGUACAUAAUGUAAACGACCAUGUCUACUGUUGUUUUGUCUUGUUUUUUUUUUUGGUAAACACUGUGGUAGCUGUACACUGUAACAUUUAUGCAAAAAUAAUCACUGAAAACUUGCAAACACUGUCCUUUAAAAAGAAAAUACUACUGUUUCACAGACGGAUUGUAAACAAUGAUGUGCCUUAUUUGAAAAAAGAUAUGAACAUGAGACUGAUGUACUCACCGCGAUGCCUAACAUGUCGUAUUGGUCUCGUCUGUUUUUUAAAUGUUUUCUGUUAAAUAAGUCCUAAUGUAUUUAUACAUGUUUUAAUCCACGUAUUCUCGAAAAAGAUAUAUAUUAUUACCUAACACGUUACUUUUUUAAAUUCUUAGUAGGGGUCAGAAAAAUAUAAUAAAACCCCCCUUUUUUGGUAUACCUUAUUUUGGCUUCUUGUUGUCAUCAUCAUGUAUUCUAGAUCUGCAUUCAUAUACACCCAAACUAUGAUGGAUUAGUAAUUGGGCCUAGCGAGUGCAGACCCAGGGGCCCAAAGUGUCAGGGGCCCCCCCUGGCCUUGACCUGCAAGAUGUCACUCAUAUUAUCUUGUACUGACUAGGAAGAGA